CUAUCCCUGUCUCCUCACACUUCCUCUUCUACCAAAACCAUGUCGAUUCCGUAACCUCAUUCCACUGUUUCCCUCUCCUGAAGACAGAUGAACAACUCCUGCUUCUCUCUCUUCCUCUUGGUCUCUGUUUCUUGGUUUCUUCAUGUUUCCUCUAAUGGCGGAGACGCUGAAAUCUUGAUCCGCGUCAAGCAGGCCCGACUCCGUGACCCGGAUGGGAAGCUACUCGACUGGGUCAUCGCCGGAGAUGAACCUAGUCCUUGUAACUGGUCGGGGAUUGCUUGCGACCUGAGAAACGGUACGGUCACCAAGAUCGAUCUCUCCGGGUUCGGUCUCUUUGGCGGGUUCCCGUACGGAUUCUGUCGGAUCCGUACACUAAAGAAUCUCACUCUCUCCGAUAACUAUCUCAACGGUACGUUUGCUUCUGAGUCUCUCUCCCUCUGCUCCCACCUCCACGUCCUCAUUCUCACGGCCAAUUCUUUCUCUGGGAGGUUGCCGGAUUUUUCCCCGGAGUUUCGUCAGUUACGUGUUCUCGAAUUGGAGUCUAACGAUUUCUCCGGAGAGAUUCCAGAGAGCUACGGGCGAUUUCGCGCUCUGCAAGUUCUCAACCUGAACGGGAAUGAACUGAGUGGCACGUUACCUGCGUUUCUGGGGAAUCUGACCGAGUUGACUCGGCUUGAACUCUCUUAUAUCCCCUUCAAGCCUGGUCCGAUCGCGUCGAGCAUAGGGAACCUGACGAAGCUUGCGUAUCUCCGGUUGUCGAAUUCGAGACUCGUCGGAGAAAUUCCGGAGUGGAUCGGGAAUCUGGUUUCGCUCACGAAUCUCGAUUUGGCCACUAACAACCUCUCCGGGAAAAUUCCAGAUAGUAUUGGACGACUCAGUUCGAUUUAUCAGAUUGAGCUCUAUGAGAAUUUUUUGUCCGGCGAGAUACCUGAGAGUAUCGGGAAUUUAACAACUCUGAGGAACUUCGACGUGUCGGAGAAUAAUCUCACCGGGAAAGUGCCGGAGAAGAUCGCGGCGCUGCGGUUAUCCUCUUUCAAUCUCAACGACAAUUUCUUCACCGGAGAAAUACCAGAGGUAUUGGCUUUGAAUCCUAACUUGGUUCAAUUGAAGAUCUUCAACAACAGUUUCAGCGGAAAUUUACCAGAAAAUCUCGGCAGAUUCUCCGAGUUGGAAGAAUUCGAUGUCUCGUCGAACGGUUUCACAGGCGAAUUGCCUCCGUAUCUCUGUCACAGAACAAAGCUUCGGCGAGUAAUCACUUUCAACAAUCAGUUCUCCGGCAAGUUACCUGAAUCGUAUGGAGAUUGCCAAUCGCUUAGUUACGUUCGAAUGGCCGAUAAUCAGCUCUCCGGUGAAGUGCCUAUCAAGUUUUGGGAACUAUCGCUGGUUCGUCUCGAACUAACCAACAACCGAUUCGAAGGUACGAUUCCUCCAUCGUUAUCCAAUGCUCGUCAUCUCGGUCAGCUCGAUGUCUCCGGCAACAACUUUUCCGGUCCGAUUCCGGCAAAAAUAUGUGAUCUCCGGGACAUCACACUCAUCGAUAUCAGCCGCAACCGUUUCUCUGGUACUCUCCCAUCCUGUAUCGCGGAGAUGCGUAAGCUAGAGAGAGUAAACAUGCAGGAGAAUCUUCUCGGAGGGGAGAUUCCGAGUUCGUUGAGUUCGUGGACCGAGUUGACCGAAUUGAACCUCUCCAACAACCGUUUCCGCGGCGUGAUACCGCGGGAACUCGGUGACUUGCCGGUGUUGACAUAUCUCGAUCUUUCGAACAAUGAAAUCACCGGCGAGAUUCCGGCGGAGCUGACCAAGCUGAGGCUGAACCAAUUCAACGUCUCCAACAACAGACUGUACGGCAGAAUUCCUUCUGGAUUUCAACAAGAUAUUUUCGUAUCGAGCUUUUCCGGUAACCCGAAUCUCUGCGGCUCCGAUUUGGAUCCGAUUCCGCGGUGCCAUUCUAAACCCAGAACGUCAUAUAUUCUCGCCAUUGCCUCCAUCUGCAUCGUGAUCCUCAUCGGUUCUUUGGCUUGGUUAUUCAUCAAAAUCAAACCUUUAUUGCAUAGAACAAAGCACCGUACCUACAAAGUAAUCACAUUUCAGCGGGUAGGGUUCACGGAGCAAGACAUAUUCCCGCAUUUAACCAAAGAUAACAUAAUCGGGUCGGGUGGGUCUGGUCUGGUCUACAGAGUGGACCUGAAGUCGGGUCAAACGCUAGCGGUGAAAAAGCUUUGGGCGGAACCGGGUCGGAAACCGGAGUCCGAAUCCGUAUUCAGAUCCGAGGUGGAUACGUUGGGUCGGGUCAGACACGGCAACAUCGUGAAGCUCCUCAUGUGCUGUAGCGGCGAGGAGUCUCGGAUCCUGGUGUACGAGUUCAUGGAGAACGGCAGCUUGGGUGACGUUUUACAUUUGGAGAAGGGACGCCGUGCCGUUUCACCACUUGACUGGACGACACGGUUUUCGAUAGCGGUAGGCGCGGCUCAGGGACUCGCUUAUCUACACCACGACUGCAUGCCGGCGAUUGUACACCGUGACGUGAAGAGCAAUAACAUAUUACUGGACAGCGAUAUGAGGCCACGUGUCGCUGAUUUCGGAUUGGCCAAGCCGUUGACCUCCGAAGACCGCGGAGAUGGAGAUGGAGAUGCUCCCAUGUCAAGAAUCGCUGGAUCCUACGGCUACAUUGCACCCGAGUAUGCGUAUACGCUGAAAGUGAACGAGAAGAGCGACGUGUACAGUUUUGGCGUGGUACUACUCGAGUUGAUCACGGGAAAAAGACCAAACGACCCUUCGUUCGGGGAGAACAGUGACAUUGUGAAAUUUGCAAUGGAAGCUGCAUUGUCAUACUCUUCUUCCUCGUCGCCGGUGGGAGCGAAUUGGGAUUCACGGGGACAUUUUCGAGAUCUAAGCAAGCUCGUAGACAAGAGGAUGAGCCCUUCUGCGAGCGAAUACAAGGAGAUGGAGAAAGUCGUAGACGUUGCGCUUCUCUGUACGUCGUCGUUUCCCAUCAACAGACCUACCAUGAGGAGAGUGGUCGAGUUGCUCAAGGAGAAGGAGAAGAAACCGGUUUCUACAGUCGAAUGAUACGGUGCCGUUUUCAUCUGGUUCUGGGCUUUGUUUUUCUUGCUUUUGGGUUUUUGGGCUUUAUAUAUAUGUUUAGAAUAGAGCCAUAGAAAUAUUAUUUUAGAAGCAAAUUAUGUCCUCUUGUUGUUCAGAGCUCUUGAAGUGUAAAAUAUCUAAAUUAAUGAGUUUACAUGCUCUGAA